ACAUACACACACAGACAUCCUCACAGACACUGACAGCUCACACAUGAGCUCGUGUUCCAGGUUCCUGUCAAGAUGAACAGCUCUGUGUCUCUCCUCCUGCUCUCAGUGUGUGUCCUGUUCACAUGCUCCUCAACCCAGAAAAGCUGCAGAGGUCGAUGUGGAGAAGCUUAUUUCCGAGGCAACGAGUGUCAGUGCGACUACGAGUGCCUCUCACACAGAGAGUGCUGCAAAAACUAUGAAUCUGUUUGCACUUCAGGAGACUCCUGUACAGGCCGAUGUGGUGAGCGUUUUAAGAGAGGGAAACAGUGUCACUGUGAUAUUGAGUGUAUUAAAUACAACCAGUGCUGUCCAGACUAUGAGACCCAAUGUAACAUCGAAGAUUCGUCAUUGGAAGAAGAAUAUAGUGAGCUUGAGGUGACAACUCCUCUGGACGACAUGACGACUGAAGAUGCUGUGAGUGGUAGCAAGCCCUCACCCUAUGAUACUGAUGAGCUUUUGGACCCAGUUGAAAACCAAGUGGCACCUCUCACUGACCUGCUUGAUUUUGUAACAGUGCCAAGUAUAACUGGUUCUCCUGUGCCUGAAAAGGAUCCUGAAAAACGUCAGGAUAUCUAUGAACCUGAGCAGCUUUCUCUUAACAAUUCAGCUCCUAAUUUUCCUACAGCUCCACCUAGGCUGGCCGUCACCCAACAGCCUUCAGAAGAGUAUCCAAAUACCGCAAGCCCAACAGACAUCAUGCCUGCAUCUGAAAAGACUGAUCUGAAUACAAAAACAACCACAACAACCACUCCACUUAUCACAGAGCCCAAAAGCACUGAUGCAUAUGAUAAUCCUGAAAUAGCUGCUUCUAAAUCAACUGCUAAAAAUCCUCAGUCUGUCAUUGAACUGGAGGAACUUUCUCACAAUGCCUCAGUUCCCACUGUUCCUCCUGAAAUGGCUUCAACUAGAAUAAAUUCCACACCAACAUCUGACCAAAGUACUACAACAAACUCUCAGAGCACCUCAGAACCCAAAUCCACACCUUCAGCCACUGCUCAGGCUAAUAAUCUAGACCUUAAGCCUUCUAACCCUUUCCAAUCUGAAGACAGACAGGACCCAGAGGUAAACCUUGAUAAGCAGACUGAGGCUCAGUUGGAACCCAGUGAAAACACAACCUUGGAAAGACUGGAAAUCCAGAAAAUAGUCUCAACAGAUUCUCCAACUUACCCUGCCUUAAUAGAAAGCACCCAUGCUUCUGCUGUAGUUAGCCUUUCUCCAACGAAAGCGCAAGAAAAACCCACUAAACCAAAGGAUGCUAACAACAAUCUACAGGACCUUCAGGAUUAUCAGGCAGAUGCCAACAGUGACACAAAUCUCUGCAGUGGUCUUCCAGUUAAUGGCUUGACUAUGCUUAGGAAUGGUACCAUUGUGGUUUUUCGAGGCCACUACUUUUGGAUGCUGGACUCCAGACGAAAGGCUGGGCCUGCUCAUUUAAUCACAGACACUUGGGGAAUCCCUUCUCCUAUUGAUACUGUCUUCACACGCUGUAACUGUCAGGGCAAGACCUACAUCUUCAAGGGGGAUAAAUACUGGAGGUUUGAAAAUGGCGUUAUGGAUGCCAACUUCCCUAGACCCCUCAGUGAGGGCUUUGGACUUGGGGGUCACAUUGUUGCAGCUUUAUCUAUGCCCCAGUACAGAAGCAGGAGGGAGUCCGUGUUAUUCUUUAAAAGAGGUGGACUGGCUCAGAGAUACACUUACCUCAACACACCUGACUGUGGCAGCAAGUCAGCUGCAGUCAUAAUAAAGAAGAGAUUCAGAAAGGAAGCAGUCCCUCCACUUGGUCAACAGAUCGUCGUUAACAAGACUUGGGUAGGCUUUCCGUCAACAGUGACAUCAGCUGUGUCAAUACGCGUUCCAGGAGGGGACGGAUACAAAUACUAUGCAUUCUCCCCAACCAAGUACUACAGUUUGAGGAUGGAAGGGGACACUCCAGUCAUUCUCACUCCUAGGGCUGGACGAGAAAAGCAAAAAUCAGCCAAAAGUUGGUUCAGAUGCCCAGAGACGAGUAAGGUGUAGAACACACGAAGUCCUUUAAGAUUAGGACUGUGUGCUACUCUAACAAUCCUACAGCGACAUUGAGUGAAGCUUUUAUACAUUGAGGGUGCUUUCACACUUUGUUUUUCCCCCCUCAACUGCCAACACAUUUUACAUGUAAUUAUAUGGGAAGCAGGUGGAAAGCUGAAGUUUUUAAAAGGCACUGCAUUUCUUUUGGCCUUAAAUGAGACACUUCCGAAGUUCAAAUGCUUUAUAAAAUCCAAUCAGGUCACAGGUUUGGAGGCACAUGUGCCCCCAUUGUGCCAGUAAAUACAGAUAUUUAUGACAUGUUGCAUUGAAAAUAUUCCAACACUGCAAAAUAACGACUAUUUUUGGAACAUUUAUUGGUAAGGGAGAGCAGGGAGACUUGGGACAAGUUUUCAGCUUUUGUAGAUUGUGUGAAAUUCUUUGCAGGUAGCAUCAUAUUAAUAUUGCAUUAGUGUAUUUAUACUAUACCUUAUUACCAUAACAGUUUCUUAGCUUGUCACAUAUACUGGCCUUCAGAUUUCACUUUGUGUCAUUUUUUUGUGGGGAGACAUGAGACAAAAAUAAAAUACCUAGGCCUAAAUGCUUAAUUUUUAUAAUCAAAACUUGUAACAUAUGAACUGUAUGAAAACACAAUGCUGGUACAGCUGUAGAAAAAUGUCAGUUUCCCUAAACCUCACUAGACAAAACAGUUCCAUUCUCAAGAAGGAAUGAAAUAAGCUUCAUCCUCAUGCAGGUACAUGCCCACAUUAACAAAACUUUUUAAACUUAUAUUUUUAUUAAAAUUUUAUAUUCAUAAACCACAAGAAAAAACAAACCCUGUAACAUGAACUGUCCCAACUCUCCCCAUUUGGCCUUAAAAAAAAAAAUCCUCUAAAAUGUUAUUUCCCCCAGAAUUUAAGUUUAAUAAAUAAUACUAUGCAUGGUAACUCUAGGCUACAUACUUAAAUUUCAAACAAAUCCUGAAUUCACCAGCAGACAUUACACCAUAGCAUGGAGCUAGACUGCAAAGUAGAAAAUACAAGUUUUGGUUGACAAAAUUAUUGAACUGCACAAAUCUUACUGCAGUGGUCCAGCUACGUGGCUCCAAAGCAAGUAGAUUACUCUAAGGAGCAACAUCUACCUCCUGACAGAAGGUAAAACCUGAUUGGUUGAAAUUAAAUUUAUAAUACAAACUGUCCCAGGUCUGCCUUGUCCCAUGUCUCCAUUAUAUGGUGCGACAAUCCACUUUAACUGUGGCUGCAUACAGUCGUCACGCACACAGCUCCUCUUCCCUUGAUUUUCUGCUGCCAAAGCUGCAAUGAAGGCAGCUCCUCAGCAUCCAAGUUAAACGAAUAAUUACUGCAGAUAAUAAAUCUAAGCCAGACAGCAAAUUAGGCUAGCUAGCUACUGGUAGCUGAUACAACUGGCAGGAUUGUAGUUAUGGUUACAGUGCAUGCGUCAAGUGAGCCUCUUUCUUUGCUCAUACCAGCACAAAAUUUCCUGUCCAGUAUGUUGUGCCUUGUGUGAAAGCUGCCUUUAAAAAAAAGGAAUCUUUUUGUACCAAAAAUUCUUUAUUGCAUACACAUAAAAUAAAGCAAUGUUGUAGGUGCUUAAAUGAAACUCAAAUGGCUGAAACAAUCUGAACUUGAGAAUGAUCAAAACUCCAGAGGAAUAAGCUUGUCAAACAGGUAUUAUAUUAGCAACUAGAAUGACUGCAACAUCUCUGGCACUUUAUUCAUCGGGCAAAGCGCCUCCGCACUCCCAUAACUCCUGAUCCAUCUGCAGGAAGAAACCGGAUGAAGCACUGUGACCAUCUUCCAGGCACACUGUUUGUGUGACAUAUACUAGAAGCUUUUUAAUAAUUGUCAGUUAUUUCUAAUAAAAUUGUACCAAUGUU